AUGGCAGCUCGAGCAGCGUGCUUAGCGCUGGCAAUAGGCGUGCUACCUGUGCACUCGUUCUAUCUGCCAGGUUCUGCACCUGCGCAGUACAAGGAUGGCGACAGGAUACCUGUCCUCGUCAACGCGCUGACACCUCAGAUUGCGCCUCAUGCCCAGCUCAAGAGCGUCAUCUCAUACAAUUACUAUGAGCCUGCGUUUGGGUUCUGCCAGCCGCCGGAUGGGCCGAAGCAGCAGAGUGAAGCGCUCGGUUCCAUCCUGUUUGGCGACCGAAUCUACUCUGCGCCUUUCGAGAUUGACAUGAUGCGCAACACGUCAUGCCGAGUGCUCUGUGCUGCCAACAUAUCCUCGACGAACGCGCAAUUUGUGAACCAACGGAUACGGGAAGACUACACGCUCAAUGUUCUCAUAGAUGGAUUGCCCGCGGCGGAAAUGAAAAAGGAUGAUCGCACGAACGAGAUCUUCUACUCGUCCGGCUUCGAGCUAGGCGAUGACUCUUCACUUGUCACGGGAUCUACUUCAGGCACGGAUGAUCAUUCGACGCCUACGCUGCAUACGCACUACAACUUCUAUCUCGAGUAUCAUGAUAGAAGUGACGGCACGCGUCGCGUCGUGGGCGCAGUCGUCUGGCCGAGGAGUAUCGACAGCGGUCGACCUUCGUCGUCAAACGGCGAAGCCGAUUGCUAUGCAGAGCGAUCCUAUAGACUCUCGGAAACGGCGGACAACGAAUUCUUCUGGACGUAUUCAGUCUACUGGACACCCUCUGCUACGCCCUGGGCGACGCGUUGGGAUCAUUACCUGCACAUAUUCGACCCGAGGAUCCAUUGGUUCUCACUGAUCAACAGUAUCGUCAUCGCCGUCUUCCUCUGCAUCAUGGUCGGCACUAUACUUGCUCGAGCAGUCCAGAAAGAUCUAAGCAGAUACAACGCCAUCGACCUCGAGGAGGAUGUGACAGACGACAUGGGCUGGAAGCUACUACAUGCGGAUGUAUUCAGACCGCCCCAAAAGGCCAGCGCGCUGUCGGUGACGAUCGGCUCGGGAUCCCAGCUAGCGGCAAUGACGGGCGUGACGCUCAUCUUUGCCUUGCUCGGCUUCCUUUCGCCAUCCAACAGAGGCCUUCUACCCACUGUGAUGAUCGUCUGCUGGACGUUCUUCGGCUCGAUAUCAGGCUAUGUCUCUGCAAGGCUGUACGCUACCUUCAACGGACAAAACUGGAAGACCAACUUGGGCGCUACUGCCUUGACUUUCCCCACCAUCCUGUUUGGCGCGCUGAACCUGCUCAACUUCUUCCUCUUGACCUCGGGCUCAUCUGGCGCAGUGCCCUUCGGCACGAUGGUCGCAAUCGUACUGCUCUGGUUCUGCAUCUCGAUUCCACUCGUCAUCGUCGGCGGCGUCUUCGGCGUCAGGCAAGGUCCCAUCUCAAUGCCAGUACGGACCAAUGCGAUCCCGCGACAGAUACCGCCAACAAUCUGGUACCUUCGCGCGUGGCCCAGUGCGAUCCUAGCCGGCGUGCUGCCUUUCAGUGCAGUCUUCAUCGAGCUCUUCUUCGUCAUGUCGAGUCUCUUUGGCAAUAAGGUCUACUAUGCCUUUGGCUUCAUGACGCUCUGCAUGUCUGUCGUCGUACUGACAACCGCAACUGUCACCGUACUCAUGACAUACUUUGCGCUCUGCGCAGAAGAUUACAGGUGGCAGUGGCGAGCGUUUCUGUGCGGAGGUGGCAGCGCGUUCUGGGUCUUCAUCUACGGCUUGUCUUACUGGGCCUCGCGGCUUUCGCUCAAUGGCCUUUCGCUCAAAGUGCUCUAUCUGGGAUACUUGUCGCUCGUCACGCUCGUAACGUUCUUGAUCGGCGGAAGCAUAGGCUUCAUUGCCUCUUUCGUCUUCAUGAGAAAGAUCUACUCGCACUUGCGUGUCGACUGACGAAUGCAUUUCACGAGAUGUAUACCACCCGAGGCACAUCGAAGAUACUCUUACGUUGCACUUGAAGCUUGUGCUCUCGUUCAAUCAACUGACAGAGGGCAUCUUGCUGGUCAUGUCCAUGCUCGAACACGAGUCUAGGCAAGGGGCCCGCUGUUUUUUGGAUCAGGAGCUGCGCGUGCA